AACCAACACAAACAAGACAAAACAUGGCGCGCCCAUCGAUAUCACGACUACAAUUGCUAGCUUCCCAAGCAGCAAGAUGUCACUCGUUCUCAACGACAGCUCGCUGCGCACAGCUCUCUGCCGCCGAUGCUGCUGCACGCCUACUCGAAACAUCUGCCGAUACCGUCUCGGUGCGAAAGCAAUUGAUUGACGGAAACCAACUGCAAAAGCUCGCCUUGACACUCAAUAGACCUACGAUUCAAGAUGUAGACAUUACACAACUGCCUCCACCAGAAGGCACGCCAGUACCGCCGGGCUACCAUCUCGUCUACUUUACACCCAAUGGCCUCGAGUCGGAACUUGGUCCAGACGGCACAGACAAGACGUUUAACGCGCCGGCGCCGUUUUCCAGAAGAAUGUGGGCGGGUGGUAAGAUGAGCUGGCAGAAGGAGAUUGGAGGCCCUGGGCUGCUGCGCGUAGGUGAUGUUGCAGAGGAACGGACGCGACUGAAGAGCGCUAUACCGAAGAAGAGCAAGUCGGGUGCAGAGAUGGUGCUGGUGGAGGUUGAAAAAGAAGUCUGGGGGCCACGGGGGUUGGCCAUGAUUGACCAGCGCUCGUGGAUCUUUCGGCCUGAAGUAGAUGCAAGCGCGGGAGAAAAGAAUACUGAGAAGAAGAUGCGUGGACCGACGUCUAUUGCCGAUAUCCAAGGUCCAGAAUUCAAAGAACGCCAGUUUCGCUGGUCACCCGUAGCCCUCUUCCGCUUCUCAGCCCUUACCUUCAAUGGCCACAAGAUUCACUACAACGAGGACUGGACAGCGUCUGUCGAGGGGCAUCCCGGGCUUGUAGUUCACGGACCGCUUAACCUCAUUAACAUUCUGGAUUACUGGAGAGAUAUGCACGGUGCUGGCAAGUUUCCCAGAAGUGUCGAGUACAGAGCCAUGUCUCCCCUCUAUGCAGGCGACGAAUACCUCAUCAAGACAAAGAGUAUCAACCAAGAGAACAAAACAAAGGCCUUUGAGGUGGUUGCCGAAAAGGGCGAUACUACUUACAACACCACCGACGAAAAUAGUGCCGCGGAUGUCCUCUACUAUUCAAACCGUACAAUUGGGAGACAAAAAACCAACAUGUCCUGUAGGAGACCCGUGGCUCAGCUCUUGAGCUCCCGCCUUGCUGCGCCGUUUUCCAGGCAGGUUCGCGCGCUGAGCUUACACCAAUACCAGUCGCAGAGGCUUCUCCAAGAGGCUGGCGUAUCUGUUCCCCGCGGUCGAGUCGCGUCGACCCCAGAGGAGGUUCGCGCUGCUGUGCAAGAGCUCGGAAAUGAAAGCAUAGUAAACGCGCAGGUACUCCAAUUACGGAGGCAGGGCCGCCAGGGACUCGCCAAAGACCUGCGCGGUGAAAAUGUCGCCGCCCAAAGCCCCCAAGCAGCUGAAGCCCUCGCCGCGAGCAUUCUAAACAACAGCGACGCACCCGACGGCGUCAACAUCCAACAUAUUUAUGUUGCAGAAUCCGCCAAGUACAACGAGCUAUGGUACCUCGGCAUGACGGUCGAUCGUGAAAACUACUGCCCUGCGAUUAUCCUCUCCAAGAAAGGCGGCGGCAAGAAUAUCAAGACAAUCGCCCAAGAGUCUCCCGAGAGCCUCAUGACGUUUCCCUUUGGCCUCACAGCGGGCAUCACCGAUGAAUUAAUGUCAAACAUUACGCAAAAGGCAGGCUUGUCAGCUGCGCAAACAAAGAACCUCAGGGGCGUCCUUACGGCCAUGCACUCCAUCUUCAAGGCCAAGGAUGCUAUGCUGCUCGAGAUUCCGUCACUUGGUGUCACUUCAUCUGGUGCCAUGACGGCCAUUGACUCCAAUUUUACCUUUGACGAUGAUGGUGCCAAGCGCCAAAAGGACCUCUUUGCGCUCCGCGACAAGGACCAAGAGGUAAGCGACGAAGUGGCGGCCGAGAAGUUUGGUCUCGUGUACAUUCGCAUGGACGGCAACAUUGGCAACGUGGUCAACGGUGCUGGUCUCGCAAUGGCCACAAAUGAUGCUGUUAGCAAUGCAGGCGGCAAGAGCGCCAACUUUCUCGACGCUGGCGGCCAGGCCACAAAGGAGACCAUGAUGGAGGCGUUUGGCAUUAUCCUGCGGGAUGAGCGUGUCAAAGCCAUCCUCGUCAACAUCUACGGCGGCAUAACAAGGUGCGACAUGAUUGCCGAGAGCAUCAUUGGCGCAGCAGACAGCAUGGAUAUUCACGUUCCCGUAGUGGUGCGUCUCCAGGGCACGAAUUCGGCCGCCGGCUUGAGGCUUGUCGAGGAGGCCAAUCUGGGACUAUAUGUUGAGGAGGAUUUCGGCAAAGCUGCUGCGCGGGCAGUGCAGCUGGCCAAUGGUGGUAAAUAGAAUGCAUUAGACGUUUUUUUCUCGUCAUGAUUGACUAGCAUAGCUAUAUUAUUAAGUAGUGGUAUCCAAUAGUAGCAUUACAAAUUAAAACUAAAUGUCCUCCAACCCUACCGUCUAGUUGGACACGCCAAAGUGCUUGUUGAGCCAGUGGAUGCACAUGUCCUCAGCAGCAGCAGCCUGCUUGGCGACGUCCUGGUACUUCAUAUCGGCACGAACGGCAAAUCCGUGGCCAGUACCCUUAAUAAUCUCAACCUCACCCGCUGCAUCGCCAUCCUUUGCGUCUAUAAUGCUCUUGAGGCGGAUGGCCUGCUCGGGCGAGAUCUGUUGGUCAGUUUCGGCAAGGGCAAAGCUGACGGGACGGACAACCUUCUCAAUAUCUCCAGGGAUCGCAAGCAUGCUAGGGUGUGCAGUAAAGCCGGCAUCGAGAAGAGGCUUGCCAUCGGGGCCCUUUUCGCCCUGCGCGAGAAGCACAACAUGCUUGCCGCCCCAGCAGUAUCCAGUUGCGCCAAUGGGCAGCGCCUUGGCUUCGUUUUCACGGAGCGCGGUAAAGAACUUGACUACGCGGGGGUAGCUUGCGCCGGGCCGGUUGACGAAUAGGAAUGGGAUGAUGCCGGAUGCGACGGAGAAGCCGUGGUAG